AUGGAGUCUGCCGCAGCUGUCAAAGUAUCGUGGAGAGAUCUUUUUGCUUUCACCAGAUGGACACACUGUGUCGCUCUCGUCCCGGCAGUCAUCGCUUCAUGUGCCAUCGGGGCAUUCAAAACUUCGUUGGCCGUCACUCUCGGUCUCUUCUUCCAGUAUACCGUCGAUGUUGCCGACGGCUCCGUCGGAGGCCCAGAGACUAUUAAACGCACGGCAGCCCUGAGUGUAAUUCUUUGCGGGCUUGGAGCCGGUCACUGGGCUGCCAACACCGCCUUUUUCGCCUCUUGGGUUCUCUUCGGCGAGCUGCAGGCCAGGAGCACUCGCGAACAACUGUUCAAGAGCCUCCUUAAACAAGACAUGUCCUGGUACGACUCCCAGUCCGAGGGCGUUUCCAGUCUUCUCGUGCGGAUCGAGUCACAAACUCGUGAACUACAAAUCGCCACAUCCCAGGUUCUUGGCUUUCUCAUAAGCGAUAUCGUCGUCUCCGUCGCCUGUCUCAUCGUCAGCUUUUACAUGUCCUGGAAGCUCACUCUGGUCCUGCUCGCCACUGUUCCCAUCUCGAUAGUUGCGCUCACUCUGGCAACUCGUCGCCUCCAAUCCGCCAUCCAGUUACAGAAGGCCCACCUCUCCCAAGCGACCAAGUACGCCAACUCGUCGAUCACGGGCAUCGACCUCGUCAAGAUCUACAACGGCUUCGACACAGAGGUAUGGCACUACCUCAACUCUAUCAACGCUUCGAUGAAGCAAUACCUCGUACAGGCGCACUGCAACGCGGUGCAGAUGGGCUACGCUAAGUUCUGGGUCGUCAGCCUGUUCGCGGUGGGUUUCUGGUAUGGGAUUGUGCUGGUGCAAGAGGGCGCGAGCCCGGCCCAGAUCUUGACGACGUUCUAUGCCACCUUGACUGCCCUGCAGGGCAUUGAGAAUCUAAUGCCGCAGUGGCUUGUACUGGCUAAGGGGAUGGCGGCUGGUCAGUCGCUUCGACAGACUGGCGCGUAUGUUAACAGGGGAAAGAAGCGUGUUGGCACCCACAAGCCGAGCUGCUGCAUUGGGGAUAUUGAAGUCAAUGAUGUGAGCUUCGCAUACCCCUCGAAUCCCGACCAGAUUGUCCUCCAGAAAUCAUCCUUUCGUUUUCGUGCUGGCGAGACGUGCUUCAUCGUUGGUAAAAGCGGCUCUGGAAAAAGCACAUUGGGCAAUCUUCUCGUCAACUUUUAUGAACCGCUCACUGGAACCGUCUUGGUCGACCAUCAUCUUCUCCAAGAUCUUGAUGACGAAUGGAUCCGAAGGAAUAUUACUCUCAUCCAGCAAACAAGCGUGUUGUUCAACGAGACGUUCUUCCGCAACGUGGCAUUCGGCCACCCAUCUCCAGACGAUGUCACCCUCGACGAGGUCAGGUCAGCCUGCGACACAGCCAUACUACAGUCAACGAUUGCCGCUAUGCAUCAGGGGCUCGAUACACCCGUUGGCACUGGAGGUUACAGCCUUAGUGGGGGGCAAAAGCAGCGCAUCGCCCUCGCCCGUGCCAGGCUGCGCGACCCUUCUAUCCUCAUCCUCGAUGAGGUUACAAGCGGACUUGAUCUUGUUAGUAAGACUCUCGUUAUGGAGGCUAUCCGCGUCUGGCGCCGGGACAAAACGACCAUCAUCAUCACGCAUGAUGUCUCCCAGAUCAAGGACGACGACUAUGUCUUCGUCAUGGAGAAGAGUCGUCUCGUACAAGAAGGCUACCGAAGAGAUAUCUCUGUCGACGAGGGUGGCUUCUUUGCCGCACUUCUUUCUGCUUUGCAUGACGAGGAUAUCGAAAGCGAGGGUUCGGCGGACAUUCCAUCGCCACUCCAAGAGUCAUUCACCGAUAAUGAAAGUUCGUUGGUAUCAAAUCCUAGGGAAUCAUCCUUCGUGGGAAAGAUGAUCAUGCGGGAACUAGACCAGGCCUUCGAGAGGCCCGAUACCGGUCAUUCGUCACGACCUUUCUCUCUCGGACAUGGAACCACACGUGCAACAGAACUUAGAAUGACGCGGAUCUGGGACACCCCUUCUCGGAGCCGAAUGAGGUUCAGUCGAGGUCUGUCGUGGCAUGUAGCAGACGGAGAGGCGUCUGUACUUGACGAGAACCGUAAGGGGGCGGUAAAAGCACGUGCGCGACCGAUGAGUAGCGGCUACGAUGAAACCACGUCUUCUUGGAGGCACAGCUUGGACCUUGUGCAGAUGGCGGGAGUGAACAUCCAACAUCUUCGGAUUGGCACGCCUGCCAGUCGGCAAUCAUGGCGGCAAACUUCUCACCCUCUGCCACCUGACAAAAAGGCUUUCGACACCCGAUGUGGACCUGAAGCUGCUCGCCCAAAUAUGGUGAUGGCCGAUACGCAACAGAAUGUGUUACCGAACCCGUCCUCCAUCGCGCUCUCGCGCUCGGUUUGGGCGCAACUGUCGAAUCCUGACCGCCUCAAGCUCCUGUCUGGAAUCAUACUCUGCAUCGUCGUCGCUGUCUCCGGACCUCUUUUCGCGUUCGCCCUCACCCGCCUCCUCGAGACCUUCUGGGCGGAUGAGGACGUACAGCGCUCAGUCGGCCAGAAAUGGGCCGUCGUCAUGGUGGCUGUUGCAGUGAUCGAUGGACUUUCCACCUGGUUGGGCAGAUACCUGAUGGAGUUUUCGGGUCAGGCCUGGGUCAAUGCACUGCGAAUUGAGGCAUUGAAGCGAAUCCUCCAGCAGCCCAGAUUGUGGUUCGAUAAGCCCAAGCACUCAGCUGGUCGGAUUACGGAGUGCAUGGACAGGAACGCCGAGGAGAUGCGGAACAUCGUCGGCCGCUUUGCCCCCAUCAUCAUUGUCGUCACGUUCAUGGUGCUUACGGCCUUCAUCUGGGCGCUGCUUGUGCAGUGGAAACUGACUUUGGUUGCGCUGUCAGGUGGCCCGGCCAUCAUGGCGACUGUCAAGGCCUUCUCUUACACAAGUACAAAGUGGGAGACGACCUGCAACCAGGGCGCAGCAGACACGAGCGCCGUGCUGGCCGAGACAUUCAACAAUAUCCGCGUCGUCAAGAAUUUAACUCUCGAGGCUUACAUGUCAAAAAAGUAUAACAAGUCGGCUGAGUCCACCUUCAAGCUCGGCAUCCGGCGGGCGGCGUACACCUCGCCUCUCUUCGGCCUGUAUCAAGCCGUCAACUUUUUUCUGCUGGCUCUUGUGUUCUACUACGCCAUGGUACUUGUGGGCACGUACGAGGCAGGGACAGCGCAGAUUCAGCAGGUGUCCAACCUUGUUCUCUUCACCAUGGGCCAAGCAGGAUCUCUACUCGGAACAAUUCCUCAGCUGGCCGCAGCUCGAGCCACGGCAGCGCAGAUGCUAUACUACGCCGCCCUACCAAUACAUUCCUCUGACGAGGAAGACCUCGACACGGGGCUUGGCAAGCUUGCCUCGCCUCUUCCGAUCAAGAUGGCGAAUCUGAACUUUACAUAUCCAUCUCGGCCCGCGCAUCAGGUCCUCCGCAACCUCUCCCUCGAAAUCAAGGCCAGCACCUGCACAGCCAUAGCCCUUCUGGACAUUGACCAACACCACCUUCGCUCAGCCAUGGCCUUCGUUCCCCAGGCCCCUUUCCUCUUCCCUGCCUCAAUCGCCGAGAACAUUGCAUACGGUCUGCCCGAUGCUUCUCCGCUCCGCAGCCAGGCGAGUCUCGAUCAUGCAGCGCGAGCGGCCGGCAUUCACGAUUUCGUCAUCUCGUUGCCUGGAGGCUACAGCACCCUCAUCGGCGAGGGGGGGACAGACUCUCUCGGGGAGGGCAGGCCCCAGAGGGUGUGUAUCGCGCGAGCCCUGGCGAGGCGGCCGAAAUUGUUGGUGAUGGACGAACCCACGAGCGCGCUGGAUGCUGAGACUGCGGAGAUGGUGAAGGGGACGAUUCGAGGGCUGAUAGCCGAGGCGGGCGAAUUUGGCAUGGCGGUUGUCAUUGUGACGCAUGCUCGGGAGAUGAUGCAGCUCGCCGAGAGAAUCUUGGUUUUGGAGGACGGCAGCGUGGUUGAGGAAGGGACCUGUGAGGAGUUGAGGGGACGAAACGGGGCAUUUACAAGGUUGGUUGGUGUUCGAAGGCCGACGCUGAGGGGGGGAUCGCGUGACGAUAACCAAACAUAA